AUGUUACCUCUAUAUUUAUUAACUAAUUCUAAGGACCAACAAUUAAUUAUCGAAUUAAAAACGCACGAAAAAAUCACCGGUACUUUAAAUAAUGUUGAUUCAUGGAUGAAUAUUACCUUAAAACAAGCUAAAUUAACACAAUUUAACGAGACUUUAGAAUUACCUGAACUUUAUAUUCGUGGUAGAUUUAUCAAAUGUAUAACUCUACAGGAAAAUGUGAUUGACACAAUUAAACAAAAUAACAAUAAUGGAAAUAAUAACAAUAUUAAUAACUAUAGCAACAGCGGUGGCUACAAUAAUAAUAGAGAUAGAUUUAACAGAAGAUCCCAUAUAAACAACAACAAUUCUAAUAACAGAGGUAUGAGGAGAAGCUAUUAUAAUAAUAGCAACGGAAGCUAUAAUCAGCAACACCAUCAUCAUAAUGGAUACUUGAAUAAUAAUAGUAACAACAACAACAAUACUAAUAAUAAUAAUAAUAACCGCCAGUCACGUGUCUACUACUAUGAUAACAAUAACAAUAAUAAUGGUUCUAAUAAUAACAAUACUAGGAGUGGAUUAGGUGGGUAUGUUCAAUUUCAUCAACCAAGGGAUGUUAUAGAAUCUUCCACGAAUGGGAAUUCACAAUUAUAA